CGUUACUCCUAACAUCUUUUAUUGUGAAAACUUUAAACGGAAACUCGCAUGUUUUCCUGGUUUAGCUACUUUUUUUAUCCAUUGGUUGACUUUAUUUAAGUCUGUAACUGCAGAGGGAUUGCAGAUGAGUCUCUUCUCCCCAUCAUUCCUUAAAGUUAUGGUGAGGGAAGAGUAAGAAGAAAGGGCCUCUAAACACUUUCCAAUGGAUUCCAAGAACGAUGAAGCACUGGACAUCAUUGUUACGAAUGUUGUGGCAACUUUCAGGACCAGAUGUCACCUCAACCUUCGCAAAAUUGCUUUAGAAGGAACCAACGUCAUCUAUAAGCCAGAAAUGGGGAAAGUGCUGAUGAAACUACGGAAGCCCAAGAUAACCGCUUCAAUUUGGUCCUCAGGGAAAAUAAUCUGCACUGGAGCAACUAGUGAGGAAGAGGCAAAGCUUGGUGCUCGCAGGUUAGCUCGCUGUCUCCAGAAACUUGGCUUUAAGGUGAGAUUCUCAGCUUUCAGAGUUGUGAACGUGCUCGCAGUGUGCUCCAUGCCGUUCGCAGUGCAUCUUAUAAACUUUACAAAUAACAACCGGCCCAUUGCCAGCUAUGAACCCGAGCUCCAUCCUGCUGCUACUUAUCGAAUCAAAAAUCUGAAGGCUACAGUCCAGGUGUUUUCUACGGGCAGCCUCACAGUGACAGGACCAAAUGUGCAGAACGUCGCAGCUGCUGUGGAACACAUCUAUCCAAUACUGUAUGAGUGUCAGAAGCCCCGCUGCAAAUAAACGAGUACAGAGGGAAUCCAUGCGAGUAGCACCUUUAUCCUUGGACGGAUGAAAGCAGCGGACAGACUGGACGGGAACUGGACUCGUUUACCGCUUAUUGGAGUAGGAGAAAGAUAAUUACUAUGGGUGUCUUUCUGCAUGGACACAGGAAAAAAAAUCUUGACAGAUACAUCAUCAUAUUAUAAGUUCUCCCUUUGUGUUUUAUCGAUGGAAAAUCUCCGUCCUUCUAUAGACAAGACAUCCAUCCUAUAAUGUACCAUUUUUGUUGAAGCCAACACAUUCAAACAACACAUAGGAAUGUAUACAAAUUUAGAUGAGAUCCUAAAUGCAUUCUUUCUUAGGUUUUCCUUUUUAACAUUUGGUUAUCUGCCCUUUGUUAAAAAUGGACACACCUCGUUACUUUACGCCCUUUCCUCAUAGUUGUUUUCUCUCUUGCUAAAAUAGUGUAUAUUUAUUCUAAUGUUUGAUAGGGUACUAGUGUAAACUAUCUCCUGUUUGUUUUUAAAUGUGAAUUUUAAUGCAGGUUUUUUUUCCAAUACUUGAGUGUUAAUAAACUGAUUCAAUUGCAUUUCAUUAACUUUCAAAGCCCAUUUUUAUUAUCCCUCAAAAAGAAAACAAACUCAUUAAAAGGCUUAAAGUAGCAGACAGUUAAUGUGAAACAGUACAUUGGAAAAUAAACAAUCACCCUGUGGAGAGUUGUAACACUUUUCAGUGAAAUGUACUUAAAGAUUUUACAGUGAAAAACAUUUAGGUAGCUCUAAAACGGCAUGAAAAACGAACUCCCGGAACAGAAAGCAGUGUUUUUAUUAUCAUAGAUGCAAAACCUCUGAAUGCUCGGUUUAAGCUAUCUGAGAAAAAACGUAUAUUGUAUGUGGACGUCUUAAGCAUCUCCUUCUUAAGAUGAUAAAUCCAGACCUGUUUGGUUUUUAUGUGUGACUGAGUACUUUCUGAAUCAGUGGUGAGUAAUAAUUUGUGACACUUAAAACUUUUGUAUUCUGUAUGAAAAUAAAAAGACCAUUAAACAACU